GCGUUCUCGUGACUUCUCUGCACGCAGCGCUUUGCUUUGCCUUGCUUGCUCAGUGCGCGCAAAAAGUCGUGAGCCAACAAUCACACACACAGCCAGCGGCACAAGCAAGCGGCAAAGUCGCACAAGCAAUGCGCACCUCACACAAAAAAGCACACACACACAAACAACGCAACGCACACCUUUCCCACCAUCAUCCCAUCACAGCAUCACACUUUGAAUCUGCACGAGCUGCGUGCGACUUGGUUUUCGAACCUCUCGGCUCUGAAAAGCAGCAGCAUUGUGUGUGCAGCAGCAUCACCCCCCCCCUAACCAACUAACGCUGACGCCGUCGUCCAUAAUUAGAGCAACCACACAACAACAACAACAACAACAACAACACCAACGACAACGACAAGCCGCCCGUUGCUGAUUUUCAAAACCUUCGCCUCGGCCACGUUGUUGCUUCACUUUUCAAAGCCGCCACACCGUACCAACACCAGCAGCUCCAGAAGAUGAUGGAAGCACAGCCCAUGAUGACAGGAGAGGAGCAACAGCAGCAGCAGCAGCAGCAGCAGCACCCGCAUCACGACCAGCAGCACUUGCACGCCCACUCCGACAGCAUCAUCCCGCGCGGUGUCGGCGCACCGCACCAGGACCCCAUCAUCAAGGGGGAGCCGUUUCGCGCGGGCCCGCGCUACGCCAACAUCCGCUUCAUUGGCGAGGGCGCAUAUGGGGUGGUGUGCUCGGCCGUGGACCUCGCCACCCAAGAGCAGGUGGCCAUCAAGAAGAUUUGCCCCUUUGAGCACCAGACAUACUGCCAGCGCACGCUCAGGGAAAUCAAGAUCCUCACCCGCUUCAAGCACGAGAACGUACGCAACACAUGCGCGUGUUGUGUUCUAUGCUCGUGUGCACUGGACCUGCUUGAGAAGAUGCUCAUCUUCAACCCGGACAAGCGCAUCACUGUGGAGAUGGCCCUGUCCCACCCGUACUUUGAGCAGUACUAUGACCCCUCCGACGAGCCAGAGGCAGAGGAGCCCUUCACAUUCGAGUGUGACGUCGACGACAUUGGCAAGGAGGCCCUCAAAGAGCUCAUCUUUCAAGAGGUGCAGGCAUCUCGCGCCCGCGAAGCACAAGAACUUGCAGCAAUGUGACCGCGACGCUGAUGCAAUCGCCAGCAACUGUUAUCGCUCGCUCGUUCGCUCGCCAUGGUUUUGUGUUAGCCCAUAUGUUCCCCUUGGCCCCUUCUCUUCCUACACACACGACGCAGCACCAGCAGCGGCAUGACACACACACGCACACAUGUGUGUGUGUGUGUGCGUGUUUCUUGGAUCGUUUAUAACUGCCGCCUCCCCUUUCUCUUCCCCAUCUCUUCUUUUGUGCUGCUGGUUUUCUGCCAUUGCUGUGGUGUGCUCGUUGAUUCAACCCCCACACCCAAACAUGUCGCCAUUCCAUCAUUCCAUCCUUUCAUUGUUAAUCGCUCGUUUCCAUGGAGCCUUGUUCUCAGUGACUGCGUGCAUCAAACCACACCGCGGCACAACAUGUCACCCCGGCCACCACCACCACCACAACUUCUUCCUAACUGCCCGGUCACUGUUUCUUCGUUUCCUGUUUUGCUUUCUUGACAUUGCGUUUUGUUGUAUGCUUUUGGCAUAAUCAAUUGAACGGUCAAACCACCCACCCUUCCCGCCCAAAGCAGCCCUGCUUCCUGCCACCUCCCUUGCUUUGCUUGGUGAUGGAUUGAUUUCCACUUUUGUGUGUUUGCGACCCCUCUUCCCCUCUCGCGCCGUGUCUGGUGUUCUCAACGAAGCGUGACAGUUUGGUGCGUGCGCGUGGGUUUACUCUCGUCGUCGUCGUCGUUGUUGUUACCGUUGUUGGUGCACGUUCAACAGUGAACUGACGCUGUGCAACCA